CUCGAAUUUAAAUUGAUUCAUUAAGCCGCGACUGACGACUGUUGCGCCACACAGUAGGUCGUCUGGUUCGAGUUGAUACGGGUCACCCUGAAAUUUAUGCUCAAGCGGAUUAACUGAUGUUGCCAGCGCUUUUCGCAAGGCUCAUUAUAACUGUUUUUGGAGUUAUGCACCCCUCCUACAGAACUUACAAAGCCAUUAAAAGGAAAGACUAUCAAGAAGUGGUGACUCUUGGCAUGUACUGGGUGGUGUUCAGUAUGUAUAUAACUGUUGAACUGGUGACGGAUAUUUUACUGCAAUGGCUUCCAUUUUAUUACGAUGCAAAGACUUUAUUCGUCAUCUGGCUCGUCACACCAGCUACUUCUGGAUAUAGUUUUAUAUACCGAAAAGUAAUCCAUCCUGAGCUUACUAAGAGAGAAACCGAAAUAGAUGAGGCUAUUAACAAGGCAAAAGAAAAAGGAUAUUCUAAAGUCGUGGAAUUUGGAGCUAAAGGGCUAAAUUACGCUGCAAAGGCUGUUCUUUCCGGUGCAAUGUUGGGUCAAGAUUUUUUGGCUGAUCGUUUGGGUAAACGAAGCUCAAGCAUGUUUGAACUUAAUCAUAGACCUAUAAUCCGACGUCCAAAUCUAGGGACUAAUGAAGUGUUCGAAUAUGAUGAUUCCGACUUUGUUAGCACUAUAAGAGAAGGAACAGCUCAAGUUGAUGAUCCAUUUGCACUCAAUUGGCUUCAAAUGGGAUCAACAGGUUCAUUAGGACGACAUUGGAAACCAUUGGCGGCUAAAGGUUUAAGUAACGUGCCUGAAGAUUCGGAACAUUUUUCUGAAGAUACUCAAUCAAUGUCAUCUACCCGACAUGUUUCAACUAGACGUUCAAAUGUUGCUCAGGAAACAACUAUAACUAUACCACGUCGUAUUUCGACUCGCCGUACUGCUCGACCUCAAUCGACUCCACAAUCAAUCAAAACAAUGAGCAGUGGAGAUGCGAUUGACUGAAUUGUUGUUACCUCGUCCCCCGCCCUCUUCCGUUCCCAUAUAAAAAAAAAUAUGUAUCACUUUUGGAGCCUGCACACAUCUCUCUUCCAAUUUAGAGAUUGCCUUGUUACUUACUCUGUUAAUAAUAUUCUUGAUUAGGCUUUUCUUUUUUCUUGUAACACUACUCACCACUGUACAGCUGCUUCCUCACUUUAAACAUGUUGAAUGAUUUUAAUGUUGGGUUGUCUGGCUUGAUGACUAAUCUUGAGAGAGAGAAAGAGAUGUAGAUGUGAGGUUCAUGCAAAUCUUAUAUGCAUUUCGUGUUGUCUAUUGUUUUUUUUCCCAAUAAAAAAAAUUCUACAAAAUUGUUUGUUAUUUCAUAAAUGUCAAUUUUCAUUGAAAUAACCUUCAGUUGUUGUUUUGUUGUUUUGUUUUUUUAUCGUUUCGUAUCCCCUCUUCGGUUUUUUUCUUUUUUUAUCCAAAGACGACAGACAUCACAAGCUCUCAUACACCUGAUCAAAAAAUAAACAACACAAAGUUGGGUUUUUGUUUGUUUUUUUUUCUAAACCAGCAAAAAUUUUCUGAUUCCUGAAUUGUUUUUUUCUUCUACCGUUGUCGGUGGUUGAUGUGUGUAUGGUGUAUGCCAGGAGAACACGAACUGAUUUUAUUU